AUGUCCUCCCCCUCAGCCCGCCGCCUCCUAAAAGAAAGCAGCGACCUCCACAAAAACCCAAGCCCAUACUUCACAGCCGCCCCAAUAAGCGACACAAACCUCCACGACUGGCACUUCACCCUAGCUGGUCCCCCUUCCCCCUCCCCCUACGCCCAAGGCCUCUACCACGGCCGCAUCACCUUCCCAGCCACAUACCCACUCCGGCCCCCCUCCUUCCGCUUCCUCACGCCUUCCGGCCGCUUCGAAGUCAACCGCGAAAUCUGCCUCAGCAUCUCCGGCCACCACGAGGAGACAUGGCAGCCGGCUUGGGGAGUGCGCACUGCGCUGCUGGGGAUCCGGUCUGAGAUCUUCAGUUCGGAGAGUCAGGGUCAGGUUGGUGGGAUGGAGGGGAGUGACGAGCUGCGUAGGGAGUAUGCGCGACUCUCGCUUGAGUGGUCUUGUCGUGAGUGUGGGGUCGGGAAUCUGGAGGCUAUGAGGGAGCUGUGGAGGGUUUGUCGGGAGCGUGGGAUCGAGGUUGAAGGUGAGGUUGCUGCUGUGGAAGGGGGUGCUGGUGCUGAUGCUGAUGUCGAGGGCCAGCGGGAGACGGUUGAGGCGGAGGCUGAGGCUGGUGCCCAGGCCUCUAGUGGGAAUGCUGUUCCUGUCGGAAAUGAGAACGAUGCUCGAGAGGAUGAUGCUUUAGAGAGUACUCCGGCUCUGGAUUCUGUUCCGGCUCCUUCUGCGCCUGCACCGGUGCCCGUGCCACAAGCACAAGCACAGGCACCGCUACCUACUAUGCAAGCUCCGGCUGCAGCUGUUAUGCCUACGCGGACAAGCUCCUCUAAUCUGGCUUCGACGGAGUCUCCCUCUGAAGGUAUCUGGCUGGACCGGGCUAUCAUUGGUGUGAUCGUUGCUCUUGUGUUGUUGAUAUUGCGCCGAGUGGCGAACAUCGAUGAUCUGUAA